AUGGCCUUACCAAGCCCAGAGACUCAGGCUAAAGUAGCCAGCGAAGCCGCCCAAGCCUUCGUAGACCACUUCUACGAAGCCCUCAGCAAGCGCCGCCCCAUCAACAACUUCUACGCCUCUACAUCCGCGCGCCUGACCGCCGCCGGCGUCAAGCCCGACAUCAGCAUAAACGGGCUCUUGGUUCCCGACGCGUCCGCGUACGAGGCGUUGCUAGAAACGCAAGGCGGCCCCGUAUCCUACGACAUCGCGUCCUUCGACGCGCAGCCCGUGAACCCGUGCUUCCGGAUCGGCGAGCCGGAACUCGGCGCUGGAGCUGGAGCUGGCCGCGACGCUACUGCCGCCGCCGCCGUGCGCAACGGCGAUAGGCUGAGCUUCGCGGUUCAGGUUAGCGGCGUGGUGAGGUAUGGGAGGGGGCAUGGGGACGGGAAGGUUGGGGAUGCGACGGGGGCGGGGGCGGCUGUAGGGGGAGGGGGAGGUGUUGGAGGUGGAGGGGGGGUAAGUAAUACCGGCAAGGACGACAACGAGCCCCUCGAGAAGCCGUUCAACGAGGCGUUUCUACUAGUGCCGCAUUGGGAGGCUUGGGGGAGGAAUGCGUCCCGCGGGCUGAGGAAGUGGGUUAUCGUUAGCCAGAACUUUCGCGCUCUGUAA